AUGUCACCACCAUCCGGCGCAGCUGCCUCAAGCUCCAACGGAGCCAGUGGCUCGGUGGCCUCGGCUCAGGCUGCCGUGUUCGUCCAGUCGCAGCCGCUUCCUGCCGACACCCCACAAGUGGUUGGACCCGACUUUGAACAGCAAGACCCCACCGAUCUGCUGGCGCUGCUGGAAAGCAUGUCCAAAGUAGGGUUUCAGGCGAGCGGCGUCUCAAAAGCCAUUGAGAUCGUCGAAGAGAUGCGUCAAUGGCGUCUUUCGAACGAUGCUGCCUACCUUGCCUCCACCGAACCUGACAAGCCGAGCUUGGCAGAUGCGCAAAACACUCAAUGUCGCAUCUUCCUCGGCUUCACUUCCAACCUGGUCUCAUCAGGCUUGCGAGAAGUGAUCAAGUUUCUUGUCAAGAACAAGAUGGUCUCAGCACUCGUCACGACAGCGGGGGGCAUCGAGGAAGAUCUGAUCAAGUGUCUCGGUCCUACGUACCUGGGCGACUUUGCUCUGGACGGCGCCACACUGCGCAAACAGGGUCUCAACCGCAUCGGAAAUCUGCUGGUACCCAACGACAACUAUUGCAAGUUUGAGGAUUGGGUCAUGCCCAUCCUCGAUGCGAUGCGUGCAGAGCAAGGAAACGACGUUGCGAAUGCCUGGUCUCCCAGCCGCGUGAUCGAACGCUUGGGUCAAGAAAUCAACGACGAAAGCAGCAUCCUCUACUGGGCCGCCAAGAACGAGAUUCCCGUCUUUUGCCCCGCACUCACCGACGGCAGUCUGGGCGACAUGAUGUACUUCCACUCUUACAAGAACCCAGGACUCACCAUCGACCUCGUCAAGGACAUUCGAAGGCUAAACGAUCUCUCGGUCAAAGCGCCGAAGGCGGGUAUGAUCAUCCUGGGUGGAGGCGUGUGCAAGCACCAAAUCGCCAACGCCAUGCUCUUCAGGAACGGUGCGGACUUCAGCGUCUACAUCAACACGGGCCAGGAGUUUGACGGCUCAGAUUCAGGCGCAAGGCCGGACGAAGCCGUGAGUUGGGGCAAGAUCAAGUCGGCGGCCAACGGCGGCAAGAACGUCAAAGUGUACUGCGACGCCACCAUUAUCUUCCCCAUGAUUGUCGCAGCCACGUUUGGCAAAGCCUUUUGGGCGGCCAAGUAG